AUGGCGGCGCGGAGAGCUCGGCGGCUCCUCGGCUCCCUGUGCAUCGCCCUUCUCUUCGCGCAGCCCCCACCGUCCGGCGCCGCGGCGCGGAGCGGCUCCCGGAGCCUCCUCACGGAAUCGCUUGUGAGAACCUUCACUCCUUUUUACUUCCUGGUGGAGCCCCUGGACGUGCUGUCGGUGCGGGGGGCGUCGGUGAUCAUGAACUGCUCGGCUCACUGUGAGACCCCUCCCAGGAUCGAGUGGAAAAAGGACGGCACUUUCCUCAACUUGGUGUCCGAUGACCGCCGCCAGCUGCUGCCAGAUGGAUCCCUAUUAAUUAACAGUGUGGUGCAUUCCAAGCACAAUAAACCUGAUGAAGGAUAUUACCAGUGUGUGGCAACCGUGGACAGCCUGGGGACCAUCGUGAGCAGGACAGCAAAGCUCACUGUGGCAGGUCUGCCCAGGUUCACGAGCCAGCCAGAGCCCACAUCCGUGUCCCGGGGCGGCAGCGCCGUGCUGGCCUGCGAGGUGACGGCGGAGCUGGCGCCGCUGCUGCGCUGGGAGCGCGACCGCCAGGCGCUGGCCCCGGAGCCGCGCCUGCUGCAGCUGCCCGGGGGGGCCCUGCUGCUCAGCAACGCCUCGGACGCCGACGCGGGGCUCUACCGCUGUGCCCUGGACACCGGCGGCACCCCCAAAUACAGCGACGAGGCCGAGCUCAAAGUCCUGCCAGAUGCGGAGGAGCCGCAGAGGCUGGCGCUGCUGAGGCCGCCCUCGUCCCUCACGCGGCUGCGGGGACAGAGCGCCCUGUUCCCCUGUGUCGCUGCAGGCUUCCCUCCUCCCCACGUCCGGUGGACAAGGAAUGAGGAGGAGCUUCCCACAGAUGGCAGUCAGUCAUUCCAGCUGGAGGCUGGGGGAACCCUGCAGAUCCAGGACGUGGCCGAGGCCGAUGCCGGGACCUUCACCUGCAUCGUCGAGAGUGGCAACGACACCCUGGAGGCCCAGGCAGAGCUGGCAGUCCAAGUGCCCCCCACGUUCCUGAAGCGCCCUGGGAACAUCUAUGCCCACGAGUCCAUGGACAUCGUGUUUGAGUGUGAGGUGACAGGGAAACCAGCACCCACUGUCAAAUGGGUCAAAAACGGGGACAUGGUGAUCCCCAGUGACUACUUCAAAAUCGUGAAAGAACAUAACCUGCAAGUUUUGGGGCUGGUGAAGUCUGAUGAAGGAUUCUAUCAGUGCAUUGCAGAAAAUGAUGUUGGAAAUGCACAGGCUGGAGCCCAGCUGAUAAUACUUGACCUUGAUGUUGCCAUCCCAACAUUAGCUCCCACUUCACUGACCAGUGCCACUAAUGACCAUCUAGCACCAGCGCCACCGGGACCCCUGCCCUCUGCCCCGCGGGACGUCGUGGCCACCCUGGUGUCCACUCGCUUCAUCCGGCUCACGUGGCGGCCACCGGCCUCGGACCCGCAGGGAGACAACCUCACCUACUCCAUCUUCUACACCAAGGAGGGCAUCAACAGGGAACGUGUGGAAAACACGAGUCGUCCUGGAGAGACACAGGUGAUGAUCCAGAACCUGAUGCCAGAGACAGUUUAUGUGUUCCGGGUUGUGGCCCAGAACAGGCACGGCCCCGGCGAGAGCUCGGCGCCGCUCAAGGUGGCAACGCAGCCCGAGGUCCAGCUGCCUGGCCCUGCUCCCAACAUCCGUGCCUUCUCCAGCUCCCCCACGUCCAUCACUGUCACCUGGGAGACGCCGCUCUCGGGCAACGGGGACAUCCAGAACUACAAACUCUACUACAUGGAGAAGGGGCAGCACACAGAGCAGGACGUGGACGUGGGGGGCCUGUCCCACACGGUGAGUGGCCUGAAGAAGUUCACUGAGUACAGCUUCCGCGUGGUCGCCUACAACAAGCACGGCCCUGGCGUCUCCACCCACGACGUCGUGGUCCGCACCCUGUCAGACGUCCCCAGUGCUCCACCACAGAAUCUGACGCUGGAGGUGCGGAAUUCCAAGAGCAUCCUGCUGCAGUGGCAGCCCCCUCCUGCUGGGACCCACAGCGGGCAAAUCACGGGCUACAAAAUCCGCUACCGCAAAGUUUCCCGCAAGAGCGAUGUCACCGAGAGCGUGGGGGGCACGCAGCUCUCCCAGCUCAUCGAAGGCCUGGAGCGAGGUACCGAGUACAGCUUCCGCGUGGCCGCCAUGACCGUCAAUGGCACCGGCCCCGCCACCGACUGGGUGUCAGCUGAGACCUUCGAGAGCGACCUGGACGAGAGCCGAGUGCCCGAGGUGCCCAGCUCCCUGCACGUGCGGCCGCUGGUCACCAGCAUCGUGGUGAGCUGGACCCCGCCGGAGAACCAGGACGUGGUGGUCAGGGGCUACGCCAUCGGCUACGGCAUCGGCAGCCCCCACGCCCAGACCAUCAAGGUGGACUACAAACAGAGAUACUACACCAUUGAGAACCUGGAUCCCAGCUCCCACUACGUGAUAACCCUGAAAGCCUUCAACAACGUGGGGGAAGGGAUCCCCCUGUACGAGAGCGCUGUGACCCGGCCCCACUCUGUGCCAGAUCCGUCUCCCAUGAUGCCCCCGGUGGGAGUUCAGGCUUCCAUCCUGAGCCAUGACACCAUCCGGAUCACUUGGGCAGACAACUCCCUGCCCAAGAACCAGAAGAUCACGGACGCGCGCUUCUACACCGUCCGCUGGAAAACCAACAUCCCUGCCAACACCAAGUACAAGACUGCCAAUGCCACCACCCUGAGCUAUCUGGUGACGGGUCUGAAGCCAAACACCCUCUAUGAGUUCUCCGUGAUGGUGACCAAGGGCAGGAGAUCCAGCACCUGGAGCAUGACAGCACAUGGGACAACCUUUGAAUUAGUGCCAACCUCGCCCCCCAAGGACGUGACAGUGGUGAGCAAGGAGGGCAAACCCCGCACCAUCAUCGUCAACUGGCAGCCACCCUCUGAGGCCAACGGCAAAAUCACAGGGUACAUCAUCUACUACAGCACGGACGUCAAUGCUGAGAUCCACGACUGGGUGAUCGAGCCCGUGGUGGGCAAUAGGCUCACCCACCAGAUCCAGGAGCUCACCCUGGACACCCCCUACUUCUUCAAGAUCCAGGCCCGUAACUCCAAGGGCAUGGGGCCCAUGUCCGAGGCCGUGCAGUUCCGCACCCCCAAAGCUGAGUCCUCAGAUAAAAUGCCCAAUGACCAAGCCUCGGGAUCUGCCGGGAAGGGGAGUCGCCCCAUGGACUUGGGCCCAGACUACAAACCCCCACUGGGAGGCAGUAACAGUCCCCAUGGCAGCCCCACGUCCCCCCUGGACAGCAACAUGCUGCUGGUGAUCAUCGUGUCCGUGGGCGUCAUCACCAUUGUCAUCGUCGUCAUCGUCGCUGUCUUCUGCACCCGCCGCACCACGUCCCACCAGAAAAAGAAACGAGCUGCCUGCAAAUCCGUGAAUGGCUCCCACAAGUACAAAGGGAACUCCAAAGAUGUCAAACCUCCAGACCUUUGGAUCCACCACGAGAGGCUGGAGCUCAAACCCAUUGAUAAAUCCCCAGAUCCUAAUCCCAUCAUGACAGACACCCCCAUCCCUCGCAACUCGCAGGACAUCACCCCGGUGGACAAUUCCAUGGAUGGCAAUAUCCAUCAAAGGCGGAAUUCCUACAGAGGACACGAGUCCGAGGACAGCAUGUCCACCCUGGCGGGAAGGAGGGGCAUGAGGCCCAAGAUGAUGAUGCCUUUUGAUUCUCAGCCGCCUCAGCCUGUGAUUAGUGCUCAUCCCAUCCAUUCCCUCGACCCCCCUCACCACCAUUUCCACUCCGGCAGCCUCGCCUCUCCAACCCGCAGCUUCCUGCACCACCAGCUCAGCCCGUGGCCCCUGGGCUCUGCCAUGUCCCAUUCGGACAGGGCCGACUCCACAGAGUCUGUCCGGAACACGCCCAGCACGGACACGAUGCCGGCGGCCUCGGCCGUGCCGAGCGCGGAGCUGCCCGAGCCCGAGGGGCCGUUCCUGCCCGCGGAGGAGGAGCCCCAGGGCCCCCCCACUGCCCACGUGCGCCCCUCGCACCCCCUCAAGAGCUUCGCCGUGCCCGCCGUGCCCUCCGCCGGGGGCCCCUUCGACCCUGCCCUGCCCAGCACCCCCCUGCUGACACAGCAAGCUCCCAGCCACGCCCUCCACGCGGUGAAGACGGCGUCCAUCGGCACCCUGGGCAGGACUCGGCCGCCCAUGCCCGUGCUGGUGCCCAGCGCCCCCGAGGUGCAGGAGACCACGCGGAUGCUGGAGGACUCGGAGAGCAGCUACGAGCCAGACGAGCUGACCAAAGAAAUGGCCCACCUGGAAGGACUCAUGAAGGACCUCAACGCCAUCACCACGGCGUGACCGCCCCGACGCCAUCCACAGCGCCGCCAGUCUCGGACUCAGCCUUGGAACACAAGGAAUUGUACAGAGGAAAAACUAAAGGAAACAAAAACAAAUACCCAAGCCAGAAAGAGGGACAGCACAUGAGAGCAAAGGGGGGAGAGGAGGAGAGGAAGCAGCUGGAGGUGACCCGAGUGCCACCCCUUGUCCUGCAGCGGAGCCACGCGGGAUUGCAGCAGCUCCUGGCAGGAUGGGAUCCAGCAGGACAAAAGCAAAGCAAAGUGGACUCGCCAUUAGUUUUUUUCUGGUCAGGUUUUGUCUCAGUGGUGUGAUUGCCCUGCCUUUUCAGUGUUGGACAUUGGCAUUUAUGUACAAUUUUAUUUGUGUUUUUAUUUUAUCUUUUUUUAUAAAAAGGAAAAAAAUAUUGUAAUAAAAAAAAAAAGGGAGAAACUGUUGUUUUCCACAGCCUAGGCUGAGGUUUGACUGCUUGUUCUAUUGUGUAUGAAAAUUCAUUGCCAGUGUGGGUUGUUCUGUUUUGGUUUUUAUUCUGUGUAUAAUUACGUCCCCUUCUGGCAGUUAAUCCAUGGCCUUUUGGGAUGCUGCACUGCUCUUUGUAAGCUUUUUUUAUUAUUUUUAUAUUAUAAUUAUUAAAAGCCUGACUUUCUCCUCUCA